AUGAACAUCAAAACACAGCUGCAAGAUAAUCGACUUGACAUUUUUACCGACCGCAUUCACAUUUACGUGUCCUCGUGGCGAAGACACUGGCAGCAGCAAGAAGAAGCACAGCCACGCUACAGAAUCAGUCGACACCGAAUGUUCCGUCAGGAAACAUUUGUCCAGCAAGCCAUGUCCCCAGCCCGGGCACCAACGAAUAGUGCACACAGCAAAAUCUCACUGAAUACGAAUAAGGUCAAUGGUAUUGACGCUAUUUAG